GUUUACUUUUAAUAUAAUUUUCUUAAAGCGUCAUCGAAGACACAGAGUUUGACAUUAUCUUCCUUGCAAAUCAAAGGAAGUCCUUGAAGGAAUCUUUGAGGAAAUCUCAGUAUAGCUGAAAGGAUGGUGCUGUGUGCCUGUACAGGAGUCCAGUGCUAAUCAGGCCUUAGCACUGCUGGAGACGUUUUAAAAAGUAAAUGUUUUUCUUCAGGUAUUUGUGGCAUUUUAGACAGAUAUUUUAUACAUAUAUUUAGUCUUGAAGUUCAAACUGAGACAGAACAUGGUAUGAUGUGAUCGGAAUUGGCUAAAGUUGGAGUUGCAAUUCAUCAGAGGUGUAAUAGAAACACAAAAGAAGGUUAUUUCAGUUGGGAUUGAAACCUGUGAGGUAGUGGAUGAUUUUCCCUCCUCAAUUCUUGCCUACAUGAAUGGACCACGGAUGAUGCCCAUGUUUUGUAUUGCAUAGAAUGCACUCGCUGCCAACUGAAGACCAGAUUUGUGCUUCUCAUCCCUGUACCAACUCUCUAAGCAGGGGACUUUUUCCGCAGAGCAUGUUUUCCCAUUGCUGAUUCCAGUGAGCUUUAAUGCCUGUGUGGUGAUGAAGCUGCUAUAUUCCCUGCCAGGUACUGCAUUCCUGGCAUUUGGACAGCAGAAUGGCACUGUGCAGUGCCUUGCUGAGGGUGCCCAAGAGCAGGCUUGGCAGUGCAGAGUGCUGCUGAUGGGCUCUGGAGUGGGCUAUCUUACUAUGCGAAGUCCUUCUCAUAUUGCAUGCAUCCUGGUCUUUGCAGGGAGCACCUGAAUCUGUGGGAGUGCUGUGUCUGCUUAGGGGCAAAGCAACAACUCAGCUGUGUGUUCUCUUAUAAUUCAGCUGUGGUGUCACAGCCACAAAUUCACACUGGUAGUGCAGGGUGUACCAGGUGAACAGACCAAAGUUAACACAGAAGUAAUGGGAGUCCCAACUUCUUGUCUGGAUGAGAGUUGCCCACCUACUCCUCUAGAUGGAAGCAUAGUAUUUGCAUUUCAUUAUUUCACUGCUUACUGGGAAGAUACCUUGCUCAUUUCUGUAGUGUAGAAUAGGUGGGAAUAUAAUUCCUAUUGUAUUGUUCUUCCUGAUAAUUUUCCUGCUCUGCAUUGGGUGAAAAAGUUUACUAGGUUUGUCUCUGCAACCAGAACUGUUCUGUGUAGAGCACAUAGUGGUGUUUGCUUUCUGGGUAAUGCUUGAUGCUAUCUAAAAUGCAGUCAAGAACAGAAAUUGGGGAUGGUAAAAAAAACAAAAACAAAAACAAAAACUGGCAUGUGCUUUACUGUCUCAUGGUGUAGUGCUGCAGGGUAGCAUAAUGGCUAGAAUGACCUCUGCUAGGGGAGGGGUUUUCCAAGGAUGUUCUAUGGUGGAGAUUCGGGCAGUGCUGUAAUUCAUAUAAUGGUAGGACAAGGCAUGGGUUCUUGUAGUUCAACUUUUUUUUUUUUUUCUCCACUUUAUCAACCAAAUGAGUGAGAGUGGGUUCUUAGCUCAAAAUCACUUUCUUAUGUCAUACAACACCCAAGAUGUCCUAGCUGGAAGAGAUGCCCCCAGACAGAGUUGCGCUCAGUCUAAGGAGUGGGACAGAAAGUGGAAAAGGUUUUCAAAUAGAUGAGCAACAAAUAGCAGAAAAGAACCAUGAGAGAAAGACAGAAGGAAGGGAGAGAUGAGAAUCACAUUGCUAACUUUCAUGAUUGUUGCAAAUAAAUUAAAAAGAAAAAAAAAGUAAUUAUUAUUAUGAUUCUCCCCAACUCAGUUAGACAUAUGAUCACAUGGGAAUCUUCCUACCUAAUUUCUGUACAACAGAAACUGUAUAACAGUUCUGUGUAUGUGUGCACGUACACAGACACAUACAUGCUCUUCUGGCUGAAGGGCACUCAGAAGUGCAUUGUUCCUAAAGUUUGAAUGUUAAAGAAAUAAGUGUUAUGUAUUUUCCCUGGGAUUUCCCAAAACAAGUUGCACAGUUCUGAUCCAAACCACAAAUUUCUUUGGCAUGCUUGGAAAUAACAGUACUGAAAAAUGCCACACUAUAGAAGAAACGAGGAAAUUGCUGGAGAAUGUGCCAAAAAAAUGGAACAAAGGCAUAACAGUGUAGUGCUCAGCCAUGCACGCAUGACAAUAAGAGGAGGUCACCUAAAGACUGGGCUGGGUGAAUGAGUAAGGAUGAGUUUGUGUGUGAGGGGGAGUGCGGAUGCUGCUGGGCGCCCAGGCAUCUGUGUGAAUCAGGAACAGAACAUGUGGGCAAUGAAGCGAAGCAUUCUUCCUCUGGUGUGCUUCAGUUCACAAUAUUCAAAUUGGGACUGCUCUGUUUUCUAGUGGAUAAUAACACGGGGCUUUGUACAUCACCGUUAAUUUGCACGCAGCAACGGAGCUGGCAGCGUAUGGGAGGGGAAGCGUUAGAAUGGGGAGAUUUCUGACCCUGAUGGCUAUGUAGAUGUUUAAGUGUUGGAAUAAUCCCUCCUCGGUAAUUUCUCUUAGCUCUUUUGCAUGCUGUUUAAAUUUAAUUCCUGUCACCUGUUGAAAUUAACACGGGGCUAUUCUCAUUUCUUGUGGAAUACCGUUAUCCAUUAUUAUCAUUAGAUCAAGUCUAAUGGUCUGUGCAGCACCUAAUCCUGCCUGGUUUGGAGUAAAAACCUGCAAAAUGCCAGAGGUUUCAUCAGGGUCUAUCCUUACUAGUACUGUUGAAAUCUUCAGUGCAUUGUUAAUGAUGUACAACUCCUCUCCUUCUUCUUUCCUAUUUGAAGUUGUGGUUUUUUUUUCGUUCUCCUUAUGUACGACAUAUGUUGUCCUUUAUUUUAUUUUUACUGAUUAUUUCAUUUUCUUCAACAUUUUCGUGCCUUCAUUUUCUAAACCUUUGUAUGGUAACUGUUGAGUCACGGUCUGAACCACUGAUUGAGCACCUGGGGUAAGGACCUGGUCAGCCCUUGGAGCACAGGUGAAGGCAGUUCAGCUGUGUGAUAGAAAGGGGUAGAGCCUGGCUGCACUUCUCUUAGACCUCAUUUAAGGGGCUGACUGCCAUAGGGGAAGGAUCUCUGCUUGGAGAUCCUUCCUUGGAGAAGAUUUCCCCUGUGAACCUGGCAUCUUCUGAUACAGAUUUGGCAUCAUUCUUUCUACAAUGAGCUCCGCAUUGCACCAGAGGAGCACCCUGUGCUGCUGACCGAGGCCCCAUUGAACCCCAAGGCCAACCGUGAAAAAAUGACUCAGAUUAUGUUUGAGACAUUCAACGUGCCAGCCAUGUAUGUAGCAAUUCAGGCAGUGCUGUCUCUGUAUGCAUCUGGAAGAACCACUGGGAUAGUUUUGGAUUCUGGGGAUGGUGUCACACACAAUGUACCCAUCUAUGAGGGCUAUGCCUUGCCUCAUGCUAUUAUGAGGCUGGACCUUGCAGGCAGAGAUCUGACUGACUAUCUCAUGAAGAUUCUUACAGAGAGAGGCUAUUCUUUUGUCACCACUGCGGAACGGGAGAUUGUGAGAGAUGUAAAGGAGAAGCUUUGUUAUGUGGCUUUAGAUUUUGAAAAUGAAAUGGCAACUGCUGCUUCCUCCUCCUCCCUUGAAAAGAGCUAUGAACUUCCUGAUGGACAAGUCAUCACCAUUGGAAAUGAAAGAUUCCGAUGCCCAGAAACUCUCUUCCAGCCAUCCUUUAUAGGGAUGGAGUCUGCAGGUAUCCAUGAAACUACAUACAACAGCAUUAUGAAAUGUGAUAUUGACAUUCGCAAGGAUCUAUAUGCCAACAAUGUACUCUCUGGAGGAACCACAAUGUAUCCUGGUAUUGGUGACCGUAUGCAGAAAGAGAUCACAGCUUUGGCUCCAAGUACCAUGAAGAUUAAGAUGAUUGCACCACCAGAACGUAAAUACUCUGUCUGGAUUGGGGGUUCAAUAUUGGCAUCCCUCUCCACUUUUCAGCAAAUGUGGAUUAGUAAGGACGAAUAUGAGGAAGCUGGGCCCUCCAUUGUCCAUCGCAAGUGCUUUUGAAUGCUUCCGUUGGCUACUGUCUGUGAUAAGUAGUGCUGUUUCUCUACACCUUACCUGCUCUUCUUUGCUAUGAGUGAAUCCUGGUUUGGCUUUCCUCUAUUUGCAAUAAAGCACACUGUGUGGAUGUCAUAUGAAUUAGUAUAUUACUUCUAAGCUUUUAGUGCUCAAACAAGACUAACAUUUCAGUGAUGAGUAUUUUUCAAGAGGAAUUACAGCAAUUAUAGUACACAGUUUGUAGACACCUCCCCAGUUUUUAAGGAUCCAACUGCCGUACAUGGAGGAGGUGGCAUACCUUACAGCUAGUAAGUUAUUCAGUUAGUCUCUGCUAAUUGGGGUUAAGUCUGAAGAACAUAAGUAGUAUAGGAUUCUUUCAAACCUAUGCCUGAUGCAAGAUUUGAGCACCACAUGUGGCUUAUUUUGUGCAGUUCAGUGGCAGACAGGAUUUUUCUAAGGGGAUUUAUUUUACUGAGGAUACAGCGGAUUUAUGUGGGAACUACUGAGCACAUAGUGCUCAGUUGGUAGUGCUCGUAUGGAUGUGUUUCCUUUGUCUGCUGAAAUUGUUUGGCAGGAGUCCUUUGUCCCUAUGACCACCACUCACCAACAGCAGUGAGUUUCAACAAGCUACAGUGACAUUUGCACAUAGGCGUAACAGGCUAACUUAAUUCUAAUAUUGUUUUAUUCAUCUCUUUUACUGGGCAGUCAGAUGACAUUUCGUCUACUUCAUCUGUAUCUGUGCUAUGCUAAGCUAAUGGUUACUGAGUAAAUAAUAACCUUUUAAGUACGUUAUUAAAAUAUUCUGGGUUUAAUGGAUCAAUGAAAGUGUAAUUAUCCAUGUAAUGGUGGCAUACAUUAAUUUCACAGAGUUUACUUUAUCUGUUAUACAUAAAAUAAUAAUUACUGAGUUCUAAUUUAAUUUUAUUUUGAAUAUGGUUUCAUUUCCUCUGAGUUUUGUAGUCAAAUAAUUUUUAAAUGAAAACAAGAUUGUUUCACAAUUUCCAUUAACAAUUUACAUCUUCCUGAAUGAGGAAUGUUCAUAAUGUUUGGUUUUUUUUAAACGAUGAUUAAAGCAAGUUACAUGGAGAUCACGUUUUACUGUUUCAGAUACCAGACAAAUGUCUUCUAUAUGAUUUUGGAUUGGUGGUGAUAUAGGUUUUGACACUGUUCAUGAUUUAAAUAAAACUUUUUAAGUUACUGCA